AUGUCCAACCACCCUCAAAUGACCGCCGCGUUGCGAAACGUGAACGAUUUGAACGAAGUUUACAAGAGUUUUCGAGCGACGAAAGAGACAAAAUCUGAAUCAUCGAGUAAAAAGAAGGACCUCGAGGAGAAGAAGAAGAAGAAACGAGCAAAGAAGAAGGAAAAAAAGGAGAAGAAAAAGCUGAAGAAAAAGGAAAAGAAGGAGAAGGAGAAGAAGAAAGCGAAGAAGAGCAAGCGUUCUUCAUCGUCGUCGUCAUCAUCAUCUGAUGACGACGACGACGAUGAAAAUGAUUCGGAGAGCACACAUUCUGAGAGCGACGAUGAUGUCAAAGUGUCGCGGAAAACGCUUUUGGAGAGAGGUUCAAAUGCCAUCGAAGCCGUGCUGCACAUCCUCGCGCGAUUCCCGAACCAACGCCAGGAUUUGAGAGUUUUGUUAAAGAACGUGGACGAUGGAAACGCGGUACCGAUCGACGGUAUACCGGAUGAAAUUAUGAAGAGAUUGUUAGAAAUUGUGUUUAAAAACGUUGGGAUGGUGAAAUUACCGAGUACCGGCGCGUGGACGUUGACGAAGAAACGGUUGACGAGGAAGGAGUUUGCGUUUGCGAAAGUCGCGUUGGCGUUUGAGGCUGAAGAGGAACGGUUGAAAACUCUUCGGACGUGCAUGCUGCCUUGGGAGAGUGAGGAGUUUGCAAGAAAGAGGAUGGAGAAGAAAAAAGAGGAGAUGAUGAGAGAAAGGAUGGAGAGAAAUUGUGGACGGGAGGAGGCGGAGGUGUUGACCGGGGAAGAGGCUGCGGCGAGGCUGAAGGAACACGGGCAAGAGAUUGACGAAGAUACCGACGAUGAUACGGAGAAAGACAAAGGCGAAAAACAGUCGGUGAAGAAGCAAGGUACGCUUAAAUUUAAAGAACAAGGAACGGACAACGAUAGCGUUGGAGUCGCGCCGGCUGCUGCUGGAAUAGAAGGAGAGAGGCCAAAAAAACAACUCGGACCGAUGGCGCCGCCAAAAGAAAUGCUCGAGGAAAUGCAAAGACAACAGCGAGAAUUAGCGGACGAAGGAUUCGGGUUUGGACCGCCUCCGCCGGAUAUUGUGGAGUUUCUGGACUCAAAGUCGUCCGAAAGUCGUGCGGCUACCGCGAGACGCGUCAUUUCUAUACUCAAAAACGAUGGCGACGCCUACGACGUGCUCUCCGCUUCGCCGGAACAUUCCAACGCCGAGUUGAAGAAGGUGUACUGGAAAUUAUCAUUAGUCAUUCACCCGGAUAAGUGUGACGAUCCGUGUGCUGCUGCUGCGUUUGACGCGGUGAAGAAAGCGUACGAAAUGCUCAAAGAUGAGACGCAACGAAAAGUUUUGGACGAAAAAAGAAAGAGCGCGAAGGAUCGCGAGGAGUUUCAAGCAUGGUUGAAGAAUGAACGAGAGAAAGCCAUCUGGCGGAAGAAAAGGAACGAGUCGCUUCCAGGCGACGAAGAUUUACUCAACGACGCGUUUGAUAAAGCACCCGGAAGCGCGGACGACGAUAAAACGAGAGAAGAGUGGAUGACGGAGCUUCCGCCGGAACGAAAAGCUGCACAAUGCCCACUUUCCGCCAGCGUGACUGCGUUCGCUAAAGACGGAUUGAUGGUUCGAGACCAAAAAACAAUCGACGAGUGGACCCGAAAUCCAAAGGAAGGGAAAAGCGAGACGAUGUUAUUCUUAGAGCAGCAAGAAAAGAUGUACGCGCUUCCAAACGCCGCCGCUCAGGCGAAGAAAGAAGACGAGAAGAGGAAGAUGAUCGACGAAUACAACGAAGGCGCCGGGAGAACGAAAUCGCUUUUAGAGCAGCACAGAGAGAAUUCAGGCAAUAACAAAAAUAAGAAGAAGACGAAGAAGAAGAAGGUAGAAGAGAGUAGUGGUAGCGACGAGUCGAACGACGAGGACGAGGACGAUAGAAAAUUAAACAGAAAGAAGCAGAGGAAGAAAAAGGCUAGGAAGGAUGAUGACGACGACGGCACCGGUUGGACGUACAGACCUUUUGAUCGCGAAAAAGAUCUCAGAAUAUCCAAAGUAGGCGAAAUGGAUCCAAGAGAGGCGAUGAAACGUGCCGGUGGAGGGUUGUCUACAAGGUUUGGCGGUGGUGGUCUUCAAUGA